AUGGCCUCCUCCUCCUCCACCCCCCGCUUCUCCGCCAACGACGUCACCGUCAUCUUCUUCCUCGGCGGCCCCGGCAGCGGAAAGGGGACGCAGUCCGCCAACCUAGUCCGCGACUACGGCUUCGUCCACCUCUCCGCCGGCGACCUACUCCGCGCCGAGCAGGUCCGCGAAGGAAGCCAGUACGGCGACAUGAUCAAGACCUACAUUCGCGAAGGCAAAAUCGUGCCCAUGGAAGUGACCGUUGCGCUUCUCUCGAACGCCAUGGCCGAUUCCCUCGCCACCAAUCCCCCGCCCGCCGGCACCAAGGCUCGGUUCCUGAUCGAUGGAUUCCCGCGCAAGCUUGACCAGGCCGUCUUCUUUGAGGAGACCGUUUGUGUCUCGGAAUUGGUUCUUUUUCUCGAUUGUCCGGAGGAUGUCAUGGAGAGCAGACUGUUGAAGCGCGGGGAGACGAGUGGUCGGGAUGAUGAUAAUGCCGAGUCAAUUCGCAAGCGCUUCCGCACCUUUGUUGAGACUUCUAUGCCUGUUGUUGAUGACUUCCAGAAGAAGGGGAAGGUUGUUGCGGUCAAGGCGACUGGGUCUGUGGACGAGGUUUAUGGUCUUGUUAAGGCUGGUAUUGAACAGCGGGGUGUGCACCCUCGUUAA